AUGAAUAAUCUUUUAGAAAAUCAAAUUGAAGUAGAAAAUGAUCAAUCAUCAAGACCUACUACGUCUCAUAUGCAAAAAAAAACAAGCAUAACUAAUAUUGCUAGUCAUUUAAGAGUUAAACGUCAGAUAAUUGAAGAAAAAGAAGAAGCUGAAGUAAUAAACUCAGAAAUACAUAAUAGAAAUUUUUUACUUGAACAAAAUAAAAGUAAAAAAAUUAGAUAUUAUUUAAAAGUUUAG